AGUUCCGUCCGGAGCGGCGGAGGUACGUCUACGCCCCUCAACCCCGGCUCCUAAUCUGCAUCUCCUGCUUCCCCAAAAAUUCCAUGUCCUGAUCUUCUCUGCCGCUGCCCCCAAUUUCCCUCUCAUCUCUUGCUGUCUCUUCCGCCGCCGCCGCACGUCUUCCUUCCCAUCGCUCUCUACUGGUGCUGGACUGCCGUGGGGUGGAGAUCGGCUUGGACCAACUCAUAUUUUAGGCUCUGUUGGUGGUGCAAAAAUGAGUGACAACCUGAUGGACAAGGUUAGCGCCUUUGGUGAGCGCUUGAAGAUCACCGGGACAGAAGUCAGCAAAAAGAUGACUGCCGGAAUGAGCUCCAUGAGUUUCAAGAUGAAGGAGUUGUUCCAGGGGCAGACUCCAGCUGACAAGAUUGUUGAGGGUGCCACCUCAGAGGAUCUGGACGGGCCUGACUGGAACUCAAACUUGGAGAUUUGCGACAUGAUCAACACAGAGAAGGUUGACAGUGUGGAACUCAUCCGUGGGAUCAAGAAGAGGAUCAUGCUGAAGGAUGCGAGGGUCCAGUACCUCUCCUUGGUCCUGCUUGAGACCAUUGUCAAGAACUGUGACAAGGCCUUCUCGGAAGUUGCGGCCGAGCGGGUUCUUGAUGAGAUGGUCAGGUUGAUUGAUGAUCCUCAAACCGUGGUUAAUAACAGGAACAAGGCCCUUAUGCUCAUUGAAGCAUGGGGGGAGUCUGGUGAUGAACUCCGUUAUCUGCCAGUCUAUGAGGAAACAUACAAGAGCUUGAAAUCAAGAGGAGUGCGGUUUCCUGGACGUGACAAUGAGAGCUUGGCUCCUAUAUUUACUCCCGCGCGAUCAGUUGCUGAAGCUGAUGUUGAUGCAAGCUUGCCCCAGCAGGUGUUCGAGGACGUCCAUGUUCAUACAUAUACUGCUGAAGAAACAAAAGAAGCAUUUGAUGUAGCUCGUAACAGCGUAGAACUUCUUUCAACUGUUCUUUCCUCUUCUCCUGAGCAGGAUGCUUUGCAGGAUGACUUGACAACCACUCUUGUGCAACAAUGCUACCAAUCUCAGCACACUAUCCAGAUGAUUAUUGAGACCGUUGGAGACAAUGAAGCUGUGCUCUUUGAGGCCUUGAGCGUGAACGAUGAGAUCCAGAAAGUAUUAUCGAAGUACGAGGAGAUGAAGCAGCCCAGGGCCUCCGAGCAUGCAGAACAUGUACCAGUUGUCAUACCGAUUGCUGCGGAGCAUGAAGAUUUGAAUGCUGUUGGCAAUGAAGACGCCCUUGUCAGAAAACCAGCUGCCGCGAGAGCAACGUCAGGUGGAGAUGAUGACAUCCUUGAUGAUCUCGACGAGAUGAUAUUUGGCAAGAAGGGAGGUAGCAGCUCCCAGGAAGGUCCGAAAAAGCCAGAUCCGAAGAAGGAUGACCUGAUCAGCUUUUAAUUACCUUUCCAUAAUCGCAGCCAGUACUUGCUAUUGUCUGGUGCUGUACCCACUCGGUAGAUUGAAGAUUUUUAUUCGCAUACGAUUCAUACCGGUUUGUUCAGUUAAGUCGCUACACUUUGUCAAUCUUGUUUCAUGGCUGGGUCCCAUGACCAUGAAUGUAUUGUAUUGGAUGGUGGAUUAUGCG